GACGGCGGCCUGCGGUUCCAGUUCGCACGUGGCGUCGGAGGAGGCAGGUUGUCGCUGAGGUCUUUUGUGCUUCUGAAGCAUCCGCGGCCAAGAUGAAGAGGCCGAAGUUAAAGAAAGCAAGUAAGCGAAUGACCUGCCAUAAGCGUUAUAAAAUCCAAAAAAAGGUACGGGAACAUCAUCGAAAAUUAAGGAAGGAAGCUAAAAAACGGGGUCACAGGAAGCCUAAGAAGGAUCCAGGAAUUCCAAAUAGUGCUCCCUUUAAAGAGGCUCUUCUCCGUGAAGCUGAGCUAAGGAAACAGCAGCUUGAGGAACUAAAGCAGCAGCAGAAGCUUGAAAGGCAAAAAGAGCAAGAAAGGAAAAGAAAGCUUGAAGAUAACCCUGGUGAUGAGCAAUCUAAUGUGGAACCUCAAAAGGAAUUGGAAGAACCCCAAAGUAAGAAAGCUAAAUCAAGCAAGCAGAAUCCAAAGAAGUUACAUUGUCGGGAGCUUAAAAAGGUUAUUGAAGCCUCAGAUGUUGUGUUAGAGGUUUUGGAUGCCAGAGAUCCUCUCGGGUGCAGAUGUCCUCAGGUAGAAGAAGCUGUUGUCCAAAGUGGACAUAAAAAGUUGGUGCUUGUGUUAAAUAAAUCAGAUCUAGUACCAAAGGAGAAUUUGGAGACCUGGCUAAGUUAUUUGAGUAAAGAACUGCCAACAGUGGUGUUCAAAGCCUCAACAAACAUCAAGGGAAGAGCAAAGAUACUCAAGGUGAAGAAGAAGAAGAAAGCUCUUCCAUUCCAGAGUAAAAUCUGCUGUGGCAAGGAAGCCCUUUGGAACCUUCUUGUAGGUUUUCAGCAGUCAUGUAGAAAAGAUAUUCAGGUUGGAGUAGUUGGUUUCCCAAAUGUGGGGAAAAGCAGCAUCAUUAAUAGCUUAAAACAAGAACAGAUUUGCAAUGUUGGAGUUUCCAUGGGACUUACAAGGAGCAUGCAGCUUGUUCCUUUAAAUAAGCAGAUCACAGUUAUAGAUAGUCCAUGCUUUAUUAUUUCACCAUGUAACUCCUCUACUGCACUUGCUCUACGGAGUCCAGCAAGUAUCGAAGUACUAAGACCACUGGAGGCUGCCAGUGCUAUUCUGUCCCAGGCUGAUAGUCAACAGGUGGUGUUAAAGUACACUGUCCCCGGCUAUAAGGAUUCCCUGGACUUUUUUACUAAGCUUGCUCAGAGAAGAGGUCUGCACCAAAAAGGUGGAAGCGCAAAUGUAGAAAGUGCUGCUAAGCUGCUAUGGUCUGAGUGGACAGGUGCCUCAUUAGGUUACUACUGCUAUCCCCCUACAUCCUGCAAUCCUCCACAUUUUAAUGAGAAUGCUGCAGCAGACAUGAAGAGGGGCUUUAAUCUAGAAGAACUGGAAAAGAAUAAUGCAGACAGCAUACAAGCUCUCAAGGGCCCACAUUUAACUAAUAGAAUCCUUUUCCAGUCUUCGGGCCUAACAAAUGGGAUAAUAGAAGAAAAAGACAUACCCGAAGAAUUGCCAAAACGAAGAGAAAACAGACAGGAUGGUGAUGAUCAAGAAAAUGUUGAUGAUGAAAUGAACGCAGAGAUCUCAGAUGUGGCCCCUGUACAAGAGAACAGAGAGGUGUUAAAUGGGGAAUCAACAGCAAGUAAGCCAUCUGACAGAUCAUUUACUUCGGAUAAAAUGAGUGAAGAGGAUGAUGCCUAUGACUUUAGCACAGAUUAUGUAUAACUUCUACAGAUGUUAUACUGAGAAGUGUUCUAGAUUGGUAUGACAUAAGUUAUAAAUCUUGUGAAUAUGUAUUAUGUGUUAUAUAUUAAAGACAAAAUACAAAGCACUUAAA